CUCCCAACCAAAAGAUGGCGUAGAAUCAGAUGCCUUUGACUCGACUUCCGCCGGAUCGUUUAUACCUUCACCGGAAGUGUAUUUGUCCUCUUCUACCAGGCCGAUCCAUCAUGGGACGUGUCAGGACCAAGACGGUGAAGAAGGCCGCCAGGGUCAUCAUCGAGAAAUACUACACUCGACUGGGUAAUGACUUCCACACCAACAAAAGGGUGUGUGAGGAGAUCGCCAUUAUUCCCAGCAAGAAGCUCCGCAACAAGAUAGCCGGAUAUGUGACACAUCUGAUGAAGCGCAUCCAGAGAGGCCCCGUCCGAGGAAUCUCCAUCAAACUGCAGGAGGAGGAGCGAGAGAGGAGGGACAACUAUGUUCCUGAGGUGUCCGCCUUGGAUCAGGAGCUGAUCGAAGUUGAUCCCGACACCAAAGAGAUGCUGAAGCUGCUGGACUUUGGCGGUCUAUCCAACCUACAGGUGACUCAGCAAACAGUCGGCAUGAACUUCAAGCAGCCUCGAGAAAAUUAAAUCUUCUAAUAAAACCUUGUGGAAACACAA